ACAAAUCAGAGAGAGAAAAAAAAUAUGAGUUCUUAUUAUGUGGAUGGUCUUCUUAGCAAAUAUACGGCGGGUAGUUCUCUCUUCCCAAACGUGGAGCGGGCUUCCUGCAGUAUUGGACCCAGUGGAGAGGACUAUGCCUCGGCUCGGACUGCUGCGGCCAUCGCGUUCGCUCCUUCUCUGUCUGGAGUUUACAGCGUCAGUAAUGCAGUGUACCACAGCCGGCCCGGGUUUACCUCGGGAUAUGGCCAGGGGCAGGACGCGCUGCACUGCAGCCUGUUCGACCAGAGCCGCCUGUUCGCCGACAGCUGCUGCCAUCCGGAGCCGGGACACCUCACCUCGCCGCCGGACAAACACUACCGGAUGUACCCCUGGAUGAGAGCAUCAGAUCCAACUCGUAAGAGGGGCCGGCAGACCUACUCCCGGUACCAGACCUUGGAGCUGGAGAAGGAGUUCCACUUCAACCGCUACCUGACCCGCAGGAGGAGGAUCGAGAUCGCCCAUGCCCUCUGCCUCACAGAGAGACAGAUCAAAAUCUGGUUUCAGAACCGCAGGAUGAAGUGGAAGAAAGACCAUAAGGAGGAACCGGUGUCCACCCCCGGCGGGGAGGACGAGGAUACCCAGGCCGGAGAGCCCGAAGCUGGAGACCCCCCGAGCGUCAGUUUGGAGUCAGAAACGGCUGCAAAGUAACGAAAGACACGGACAGAGAAUUAAAUGAAAAGAAUCCGGGAUAAAUCUCACACACCAUCCAUGCACUAAGAGCUUUGUAGGCUGAUUAUUGAAUGACAGCUGAAGGCAAUUAUGUAAUAAGCAUUUAACAGUAGGCUGCAGGUGUGUAUUUCAUAUUUAAACCCCAAAUACUUAAAAAGGCUCCGCAUGAAAGAGCGACAUAAACUACCUAUUCAAACUCUAUUUUUAUAUAUAUGCAAUAAGACAUGUAAUUAACCUGAUUGUACUACUGAAUCAACAUUCCUCAACAUAAAACUACCUAAUAAUUACCUGCUAAUAUUAAAAACACUGACACAAGGGAUUCAACGGAAGUUGAGAUUGACUGUGAAUUAAAUAAAUCUAUUCGAGUAAAAAAUUGUCCACUUUUUCUAAAGGGAACAAAUACACCAUACUGCUCAAAUGUGCCUUAUUUUAAAUAUAGGCUAAUAAAAAUAAAAAAAGUGAAUGUUUUGUUAGUUAAAUGCCUCCAACUGUGAUUUAGCUGCUUCUGUAGAUUUCUGUAUUCGCUGUAUUUUAUCCAUUUAAACAACAUAACUGCUUAUCAUUUAAUUCCCCCUCUAUACAACCCAAGAUUAUUACCACAUAUAUUUGUUUAGUUUCGGAUAUGUAACCUACCUCAGAUUCCCAGAAAAUCAACUUGCUUAUUAUACUAAUAAACAGGAAUACCCUAACGUAAAUGUUUUGACGUCUUAGCCGUGUACUGUAGGAUGUUCUUGCUUAUUUUUACUUUGAAAAAAAAAAAUCAGGCUCAAAAUUCCCUACGUGUUUGUGAACACUAACUGCAUGCACUUUGAGUUAAAAACAGCAUUAAGUAGUAAUAUUUUUUGUUAGUGUAAAAUGCUAUUGAAUGUGCAAAUACUGUGAUACAUUUAGUUUUCAAUGUGAAGCAUAAUGUGAACAAAUAAAUACAAUAAAGCCUC